CAAGAAAAGAAGCAUGAGUACAUGGUUAGGAAGAUCGCCUUAGAGAAAUUAAUUAAUUCGUCUGAGGAUCUAGCUGAUAAGGUGAUAUCUAAUAUCUAUACUUAAUUCGUCUGGGGGUGUUACAGGGAAAUAGACAAAAUAUCUAAAUCCCUCGAAAAAUAACAACCGACGUGUGGGAUCAUAAAAAGCAUGGCUGAUUUCGUUACCUUCUUUAGAAUUUAAAGACCACUUUGUUAGAAAUUCAAAUUUAGAAUUAGUGUGAUGACAGACUCAGAGCUUGACAGUGGGUGCUUGACAUAUAUUAAUUGUGAUGUUUGUGUAACUGCUAGAACUCAAAGCAGUAAAAGCAAAACCUAAAAAAAAGUAUCGCAAUCAAAAAAUGAAAAUGACACAUUCUUUGAAAAUCAAAUUCCAUUCCAAUACAUCAAUUUGAAAAUUAUUGUUUGUUAAUAUUAUUAUUAGUAAGACGUUAUUGUUAUUAAAAAGUUAUUAUGAUUAUCACAUCGGACAAUAUGUCAGCAAAGGAAAUAGUGAACGACUUAAAAGAAAAUUACGCGAAAGUGCGCAAACUAAUCGACGAGGAUAGUAAGAAUGAUCCUGAAAAUGAGCCCUAUGUGUCGAAAUACAAAGCCAAGGAUAUACUGAAUAACAUGCGUGACGUAUUAGGUAAUAUUGCGGAGUCUGAAUCUGGUUUAACUAGGGUACAAAUAGAUGCAUUGAAAGGCGCUGUGAUGUUGUCCAUUGGUAGCGUUGAUAUGGAAACAGAGGACUUUACUGGUUGUGAAAAAGCGUUGAAGGAGGCAGAAGACAUCCUCCUGCCGAGCGCUUUGGAGCCCGAAGUCAUAAUACUGCUUGUAAACGUUCAAAACAAUCUCGGCUUGCUGUGGUCCUUUAGAGACGAAGCGGAGAGAGCGAAAACCUAUUUAUUGUCAUCGAAAAAGAAUUGCGAAGACUUUAAAGCUACAAUGCGAAUGCCUGUGCCUAUUGAAACUAUUUUGGGUAUAGCAACCCCAGCAGAUGAUACAAUAAUAACAGAUUUCAUGUGUUUAGAGAAAGCUCACACUUUGACACUGUACUACUUGGCACAAGUGUAUGGGACUUUAAAAGAGAGUUUAAAGUCUGCUAUAUAUUGCCACGUUACAUUGAGAAGGCAGUUAAUGUAUAAAGACUAUGAACCAAUUGAAUGGUCGUUGAAUUGUGCAACAUUAUCACAGUUUUUCGUUGAGCAAAAUGGGUUUUAUCAAUCACGGUACCAUCUUGCAGCUGCUUCAACCAUUUUGGAUAGGUACGAAGCUGAAUUAUUGGCAGUUGAUGUCAACGAUGAUGCACAUUUGGCUAAGAAGGAAACAUUGAAACAUAGAUAUGCAGAUGUUGCACGGUGCUGGAUUAAAUACUGUAUCAUGCUGAUGUCUGCAUCCAAGGAAAGACUAAUGAGUGACGCUGAUACUGUGACUGAUGCAACCACAGAUAUGUCAAAUUUAACAUUUGAGGAUACUGAAAACAUAUGUGAGGGAGACCUCAAACAAUUAACAUUCCCAGACCUUGAUGUUUCAAAAUACGAACAGAAAAUUGGUGAUAAAUAUUUGUUAACAUAUGAAGAUGCACGGGAAGUGUUCCUCUGCUGUCAGGGUUGGUUGGACAAGGCUAAAGACUAUUAUAGAGCUGAUACAUUAGCCUCCGAUCAUAUAGAGUUAGUGCAAGAUUCCUCUCAAGCAUAUGCAUACCUUGCUUUCUUUGAAGAAGACGAUGAAAGGCGAGCAAAAAUGUACAAGCGAAGAGUGGACAUGUUAGAGGAUUUGCUCAAAGAAGUAAACCCAACAUAUUACCUAAUGUAUUGUAGGCAGCUUUGGUACGAACUUGGUGAGGUAUACUCAGAAAUAUUAAACAUUAAAUUGGACAAACUGAACAAAUCCAAAGAAAAACCUACACCCCAUAUACUGAAAAAGAUUAAUAUGUUAUGUGAGAAAAGUAUUGAGAACUAUGAUAAGUUUUUGGAUUCAGUUAAAGACAAAAAUGGUGUAAUGCCAGUUAAACUAGAGAGUGAUGUAGUGAGGCCAGCUAUUAAUGCAUAUGCUUACAUCGGGAGAAAUAGCAUGAAAAGGAUUGCUGUGGACAAAAACGCACAAUUGAGUCAUGUUAAGAAGAGUUACGAAUGUUAUCAAGGCGUCGUAGAUAUCUGUAAGAAUGAUCCUGAAGCAGCUAAUAUGAUGAAAGAAGAAUACACCCUAUGCCAGGAAAUGGUGAACAUUCUUCCAUUGAAAAUUAAGAAGUUAGAAAAGGAGCUUGUAGCUUAGUACACUACUAUACAUACACUGGAUGAGUUUCUUGUCAUUCUUUAAGCAAUUAUUGAUUUUUUGGACAUUCUUAGUUCCAAAUCUAAAAUUGUCUACUCUGGUUUAUGCUUCAUUGAAUAAUUCAAGAAAUAUUACAAAAGAAAUGAUUACUACAAGUAUGGUUGACCUAUAUCAAAUGACAAUUAUAUUUAAUGUGUAACUAAAUUAUUUUUAGCUGGCAACUCAAAAUAUUUACACUUUGUGCUUGUGUAUAAUCUACUCAUACAAUUGAAUGUAAAACUAAAACAUAAUUUUCAGUAUUUUUAUUUUAUUACUAGGCAAUAACUACUAGGCUAACUAUAGUCAAACGGAUCAAACAUGAUAAGAUUGAUGGCUUGCCUAGAUAAAGUCCUGACGCUCAGAGAUUUUGAUAGGUUGUGAUCGAAUGGGACAGACAUAUUGGAAUACAUUAGAGUAGUUGACUCAUAUCAAAUUUAACAUAAACAAUAUUAAUUUCGUAUAAGGGUCUAAAUAUAUAGAUAUUAAUUAAUAAAAAUUUCAUAUAAAACUUAACUUAAAAACCAUGUAAUUUUAAAAUUUUCCAAACGUCAAAAACGCUAUUGCCUCGUUAUUUUGCCAAAGACAAACAAUAAUUGGCAUAACCUUGAACAGAGCAGUUUAACAACUAUGUACGCCAGUUCAAAGUCACAUCGCCCGUUCGAUCACGAUCUGUCAGAAACGCAAUCUCUGAGCGGCCGGACUUUAGUGCCUUUUCACAUAUACCGAUGUUUGUUAUGUCAGGUAAAAAUGUGUUUAUAUACAAUUAUAUAAGUAACAGGGCAAAAAUAAAAACAAUGAUCUGCUUAUGAUUAAUAUUAUAUUUGAUAUAUUAUAAUAAUAAAUAAUCUAUUGUUUCAGUUUCAUUAUAUGUCAUUCAACAAUAAAAGAACCUAAAUGUU